GCCGGUUCCAAAUUCUAAAAGUCUGGCCUUCUGGCUAUUCAGCCCUUCAGCUUUGAGCCUUCUGCAUAGGCGCAUAUCCGGCUUUGGAGCUAGGCUUGGAAAUCGUCGAACAAUACUCCCAGAGGCCAAUAGUCGUGGAACGACAUACUCGUCGAACAAUGUGUUAUCUAUGCGAUGUCUGGAAAUAAGAGGGGAAAACUGCAAAGAUAGCCUACUGCAGUGGGUUCCAGAAGGUUGAUGCUCUUGCUGUUGUUUGUUUACGAAAUUUGGAAGGCGUAUAGAAAAACUAUUGCAAUUCAAUCUUUCUAAUGGAGGACAUGCCUAGAGUAGAGGAUGAAUUGUCUGAUUUGACCUCAGAAAAUGAAUCUCAGAAGAAGCAAGAGACCUUGGAGGAGAUGCUUAGCAGGCACAGGAAAGAGAUUUCUAGGCUACAAGACAAGGAAACCGCAAUGAAAAAGGUAGCUGCAAAAGGCAGCAAGGCAGAGCAGAGAGCUAAGAAGAAACAGGUGGAUGAAGAGAUAUCCAAACUCUCUGCAGAACUCAAAGAAACGCACAACCGUGAGCUCGCUUCUUUAGGGUAUAAUAAUGGUAAUAACACCAACGACCAGGACAGUAAAGGAGAUCUAAACAACUUAGUCAACGCGAUAGCAGGCAUAUCGGUGCACAUGGCCCAUUCUGACCAUUCAAAACCCAGUAAGAGCGUCAAGAAGCGUGAAAAAAGAGCCCAACAGGAAGCAGCCCGGGAGCAGAGGAUCCAAGAAGAGCAGAGUAAUAUCCAAAGUGAUCGGGCUGUUGAGGACGAGAAGCUGGUUAAGAAACUCGGACCACUUGGGCUCACCGUUAACCAAAUAAAGCCCGACGGGCACUGUCUAUACAGAGCCGUUGAGGAUCAGUUAAGCAUCCAAUCCCGAGGCGCAUGUCCUUAUACUUACUUAGAACUCCGCCAGAUGGCGGCGAGUUACAUGCGGAAACACUCGUCGUAUUUCCUUCCAUUUUUCCUCUCUGAGAAAGUGGGCGGGUCACUGGGUCAUGAUGACUCAGUUUUGAAGAGGUUUGAAGAUUACUGUGGAGAAGUGGAGUCAACGGCUGUGUGGGGCGGUCAACUUGAGCUUGGUGCCCUUACUCAUGUCUUGAAGAAACAUGUUGUUAUAUAUUCGGGGUCAUUCCCAGAUGUGGAGAUGGGAAAGGAAUAUUAUAAUAAUGAUGAGCCAAAUGGUGGGACCGCCUCGUUUGGGCCGGAUAGUAUCCUGUUGUCAUACCACAGGCAUGCCUAUGGACUCGGGGAGCAUUAUAACUCAGUUAUCCCCAAACUAUCCUGAAAGCUGUGCUUGUUUAACGUGAACAACAAUGUUACCUCAACUAUUGGACUGUUAGUUUUGAUCAGAUAAGUAGUUAAACUAUUCACAAGGAAUGAAUGUAUGGUUCAGAAAGUUCUUGUUCUUAUUUUGAUUGUGUUGUAUUUCUUUUUAUGCUGUCGUCUACAUUUUGUGUAAUCCUAGAUGAUGAUGCGUAUGGUUUACAGUUUCAUUUUGCACACGGGUAGAAGGGUGUCAAGGGGAUCCUAAGAAAAAGUUG